AUCGUCUCGGCCACGCGGCCCCUGCGGCUCCAGCGGCGCCAGAUCAGCUUCAACGUCCACACCUGGGACAGCACCAGCAAGAAGCACUCGGCCAGGGUGACCCUGCGCCGGCGGCCGCGCCAUCCCCACCACAGCCACCACCGCCAGGAUGCGGCACCCGAGGUGCGGAUUUUCCCCCAGCCUGGCCAUGGCCUCCGGCGGCAGAAGAGGGACUGGGUCAUCCCCCCCAUCAACUGCCCUGAAAAUGAGCGCGGGCCCUUCCCCAAAAAGCUGGUGCAGAUCAAAUCCAACAAGGACAAAGAGACCAGGGUUUUCUACAGCAUCACGGGGCAGGGGGCGAACACCCCCCCCGUGGGCGUCUUCACCAUCGAGCGGGAGACGGGGUGGCUGGAGGUGACGAAGCCGCUGGACCGGGAGGAGAUCGAUAAAUAUGUACUCUUCUCCCACGCGGUGUCAGCCAACGGGCAGCCCGUGGAGGACCCCAUGGAGAUCAUCAUCACGGUGACAGACCAGAACGACAACCGGCCCGUCUUCACCCAGCAAGUCUUCGUCGGCCACAUCGAGGAGAACGCCAAGCCAGGCACCUCCGUGAUGACCGUGAACGCCACGGAUGCAGAUGACGGGGUCAACAUGAACAACGGCAUCAUCAGGUACUCCAUCCUCAGCGAGGAGCCCAGCAGUGGCGAGCGCAUGUUCACCAUCGACCCCAAGAAGGGCGUCAUCAGCGUCAUCGGCACCGGGCUGGACCGUGAGACCACUCCCAACUACACGCUGAUCGUCCAGGCUGCUGACCAGGAGGGCAAUGGCCUGACCAACACCGCCACCGCUAUCGUGGAAGUCCCCGAUGCCAAUGACACCCCCCCCGUCUUCGACCCCACCAUGUACGAGGGGACGGUGAAGGAGAACGAGGUGGGGGCGGUGGUGGCGCGGCUGCACGUGACAGACCGGGACAUGCAGGGCUCCCCGGCCUGGCGAGCCGUCUACCACAUCAAGAGCGGGGACCAGGACGGCGACUUCAGCGUCACCACCGACCCCAAAACCAAUGACGGCGUCCUGAGAACCGCCAAGGGCCUGGAUUACGAGAGCCGCAGCCGCUACGAGCUGGUGGUGACGGUGGAGAACGCCAUCCCCUUCGCCGUGCCGCUGCCACUGUCCUCGGCCAGCGUCCUGGUCAUGGUCAGAGAUGUCAACGAGGCCCCUGUCUUCGUCCCGCCAGUGAAGACGGUGCAGGUGAUGGAGGACCUGCCGCUGGGCCACCAGGUCACCUCCUACACGGCCCAGGACCCCGACAGGGACCAGAGGCAGAAAAUCACGUACCGCAUGGGCAGCGACCCCGCGGGCUGGUUGGCCAUCGACCCCGAG